GAGACUUUUCGCCAGUCUGCAUUGUAGACAUCUGGAAGGGGCACGUCCCAAACUUGACAUCGGACAAAGGAGCGUACAUCGAUGGCACUAUACGCAAUCAAGGAGUCGAAACUCCCUGCGGUGCUCUGCCGCCUCAGCCCGCCGGGCUCGCCCUCGAAGCGGCGGAACUCGCAGGUCGCCGCCAGAGGUGGCUCGAAGUUUCUUGCAGCUUUCGACGCUAUGAUGGCCGCCGAGCGCAGGACCACUGAGAAUACUACGGCCCCUUCGGCAGCAAUAAGCGACAAACCAGCGACGUCUAAGAAAGCAACUCAUACAUUUUUUCUUGCCUCUGGCGCCUCUGGGUUGCAGCCCGCUGCACUCGCCAUUGGUUCGAAGCCGAAAGCCACAACAAAGCUACAACCACUCACUCUGCAUUCCGCAGUGUCAACAGCGAAAAGGUCCAUCGAAAAAACCACCACGUCCGAUACACGAACGAAAUCGAAAGGCCUCGUGCAACCGACAGACUCAACGCUUCCUCUCUACACUUACGAAGACUAUUCUCCCGCACCCGCGGUUGUAUAUACGCGGCACGAAGAUGAGGCUAACGAACUUGCCGCAGCUCUCACAGGACCGCUAGGAUUUGACAUGGAAUGGCGGAUCUUCAUACAGCGGGGCGCGCCUAUCAUAGAGCGCCGCACCGCCGUCGUCCAGCUGUCAGACGCACGCAUGAUCCUUGUCGUCCAAGUGAGCCGGAUGAAGAAGUUUCCGCAGAAAGUCAAGGAACUUAUCGAGUCGCCCACGGUAGUCAAGACGGGCGCCAACAUACGCAACGACGGUGAGAAACUCUUCCGUGAUUAUGGCAUCGUUGCCGCAAACCUAGUCGAGCUUGGUGCGCUCGCGCAUCGCGCCGACCCGGCGUUCUCUACGAUCUACCACCGGUCUAUAGUCAGUUUGGCGCGAAUGGUAGAGCACUACACACGCAGGAGCCUCGACAAGGGGAAGGUGCGCAUCGGGAACUGGGAGGCCGCCCCACUCUCGCAGGAGCAGAUAACAUAUGCGGCAAACGACGCACAUUGUGCGCUGGUUGUUUACAAGCGCCUGAUCGAGAUCGCCACGGAGCACGGCCUUUGCCUGGACUCGGUGGCGUAUGCUUGUAGCAUCAAGGGCGUACGCGCAGGGAAGGGUGUACCUGAGAGCAGUGCGAAUGAUCAUGGUGGCGGCGUGACUACGUCGUCGUCCACUGAGGCGCCUUCGGAUGCGUCGAAGCAUCCAAGCUCGCCGUGGUUGCGCCCGCCUGGGUAUGUCACGAACGUCGACGGGAACCAGGCGCCGCGCCCGCAACAUUUACGCGCAUACAAGCUUUGGCAGGGCGGGAACAUGCCGCUCCCGGAGAUCUGCGCAGCGCUAAGGAGCAAGGAGAACCCGCUGGCGGAAAGCACUGUCAUAUCGUACGUGGUACGGGCCUUGCAGGCAGAUUCGACGCUGCCGUUCUCAAUGGACCAGCUCAAGGCGUUUGUCCAGCUUGAGGCCGGGUCAUGGCAGCGGCAUCGAGAGUGGAUCAUGCGGCAGGACUCUCAUACCCGACAAUGACUGCAGUGCAUUGGUCACCCCGUCUCGGACUUGGCUGCAGGCCGAUGCUUUAUAUACCGCUGAUGUUACGAAGCUAUUUACGAGAUGUAAACAUCCCCACUGACCAUUUUUGGAUUGAUUUGUCUCUA